AGCGAAGCCACUGUUGGGUUGGGGUUUGUUACAUUCUCCGUUUUCUUCCACAUUUCCCUUUCACUCUCCAGUCCUUCACACACUCUCACUGUCUCUCACUCAAGUCUCAGACUCUCAAACCUCAUUCGAAACCUCUCUCGUUCACUCCCUCACAGUGAUUCAUUCCCACCUCUCACCUCCGCAUUUACUUCAUUCCCGCUCUGAUGAUCACCGAACCUCCGACUCAGAUUCUUGCAAUGGAGGUUCGGUUAAGUAUGUAGUGGAAUCCGGGGAUUGGCUGAAUCUAGGUCUUGAUGGGCGUCUCCAAGGCCUGGAGGUUAAGCUUGAUAUCGGCAAACAAGCUGGCUCUGUUUCAGAACCUGAACGGGUACGGUAGCAACGGCAAGAAUAAUGAUGAUGAUGAUGAUAAUGCCAAUAAGCUGCAAGCGUGCUGGAGACCGACUGCGACGACGCCGCUUCAGAGGAAGCCGAUCUCCUGGUCGCUCGUCUGCGGGUUGAUGCUCUUCGGCUUGGGAUUGAUUUCGCUCUUCACUGGCCACGUCGCCUCUGAUCUUGAAUGGUGCUCUCAGCGCUUUGUCAACCGAAGCUUCUACUCUAGGCUGGAUGGGGGUCGGCGUGAGCCAAUUGAUAUAUGGGAAUCCAAAUAUUCAAAGAAUUUCUAUGGCUGUAGCGAGCGAGGGCGGCAUUUUGCUCCUGCUGUUCAUGAGCGAUCAUCAAAUGGCUAUUUGCUUAUUGCAACAAGUGGAGGGCUGAACCAACAAAGAACAGGAAUAACAGAUGCUGUAGUUGUUGCACGCAUUCUUAAUGCUACAUUAGUUGUACCUGAGUUGGAUCAUCAUUCUUAUUGGAAGGAUAAUAGUGACUUCAUCAACAUUUUUGAUGUUAAUUGGUUCAUCUCUUCCCUUGCAAAAGAUGUGACUAUCGUCAAAAGAGUUCCUGAUAAAGUCAUGCGAUCAAUGGAGAAACCUCCUUAUACCAUGCGUGUCCCAAGGAAGUCUGCCCCUGAAUAUUAUCUUGAUCAAGUUCUCCCUUUACUCUUGAGGAGACGUGUUGUGCAAUUGACAAAAUUUGAUUAUAGACUUGCAAAUAAUCUUGAUGAGGAGCUACAAAAGUUGCGUUGCCGUGUUAAUUAUCGUGCCUUAAGAUUCACAAAACCCAUAAAGGGGCUUGGUCAAAAACUUGUUUUAAGAAUGCAAGAGAUGGCAAAACGUUUUAUUGCAGUUCACUUGAGGUUUGAACCUGAUAUGCUAGCAUUUUCUGGAUGCUACUAUGGUGGGGGUGAAAAGGAGAGAUAUGAGCUUGGUGAAAUUAGAAAACGAUGGGCUACAUUACCGGAUUUAAGCCCCGAGGGAGAGAGGAAGCGAGGGAAAUGCCCACUUACUCCUCAUGAAGUGGGUUUGAUGCUGCGGGCACUUGGUUUUGCAAAUGACACUUACCUUUAUGUUGCAUCUGGAGAAAUAUAUGGUGGAGAAGAGACUCUGCGGCCUCUCAGGGAACUCUUUCCAAACUUCUAUACAAAGGAGAUGCUCGCCGGUGAAGAGUUGAAACCUUUUCUUCCAUUCUCUUCCCGCCUGGCUGCCAUUGAUUACAUUGUCUGUGACAAAAGUGAUGUGUUUGUCACUAAUAACAAUGGAAAUAUGGCCAAGAUUCUUGCUGGUCGAAGGAGGUAUAUGGGUCAUAAGAGGACUAUAAGACCAAAUGCAAAGAAGCUUAGUGCAUUGUUCAUGGCAAGGCAUAAGAUGGAUUGGGAUACAUUUGCAAGAAAGGUAAAGUCAUGCCAAAGAGGCUUCAUGGGAGAUCCAGAUGAGAUGAGACUAGGACGCGGAGAGUUUCAGGAAUUUCCAUACUCUUGUAUCUGCAAGAAACCGUUCAAUGAUAAUGGCACCAUCUACAAUGGGUAUCAUCUCUCAGAUCAAGUUGCCAUGGGAUCUGAAACAAACAUUAAAUCAGCGUACGAUGAUAAGAAUCAAGCAAGCGAGUCUACUAAUACUAAAAAAGAGAAACAUGGCUCAAGAGCUGACGGCCUGGGUAGAUAGUGAAGACUAAGCAUUUCUUUAAGAUGAUUGGAGAUGAGGAACAAAGGAAUGGCGGAAAGAUGGGAAAAAAAGGAAAUUUCCCAAGGUAAUGUGGCAGUUGGAAUUGGUUCUAAAUAUAUACCAGAGAUGGAGGGGCUCUUCCCGCCCUUUCAUUUCUAGUAUGGCAUGUUUUUGAUUUGUCAUGCCAGGGCUAAAUUUACCCAGAACAGCAUUCAAGCAUGACCAAGACAUCUAGUUGCUGUUCUUUAUCUCUGUUUGGAUUGCUAAAUUGACCGUUAUGGUCCAUGUAUAGGCGUGAAAGGAACGAUGAGCUGCAAUUGUGUAUAGACAGUUUCUCUUAGGUACAUAGCUGAGGGUAUUCUAGAAACAUAACAACUGCAGUAUUGGGUUAACAAAAUGUUUAUCGUGUUGCUACUUUAA